UUGAACGGAAUUUUCGCCACGGUCCUCGUGAGCGUGUGUGUAUAACCUUGAGUCGUUUCAAACGUCAGCUGAGCUUCAACCUCGACAAAUCAGACACCGGAACCCUGUGUAGAUGACAAGGGAGUAAACUAACGGUAUUAAAGGUGUACCGGAUGUAUUCUUUAUUGCGGAACCUCUGUAAUGUCCGACAAUAGCGCAGAUAGUUACAUGCAAUAUGUGAAACGGAGCGAGCAUGUGUCCGUACCUAUCCAUUGUUCGCAUACAGCACAGAAUCCAGACCAAAAUGGGAGCCUCAAUGGUUGCACCACCAACCGUACGGUGGAAAGUUCCGGAUCAUUUGGUCAGACAUUUCCUGCACCUCGGGAGACAAAGGAAUUUGCCAUACAAACCGGAUACACUUCAGAUGUUGCAUUACAAACUGAUCCUCCGGUGCGCACACCAGUAGUGAUUCAACGAUAUCAGUUUUAUGAAGCACCGGAACAAGUGAACACAUCGCAAGAGAUCCAGCAGCAACAACUUGGCUUACGUGUUCAGCUGUUAAUGGACCGUUUGCCCUUGAGAGAACUGACCUCAGAAGAAGUAGAAAGGUUGCACCGUUGUCUGGUUUGUAUGGACGAGUACAUCAUCGGUUCUCGAGUGAUGACGCUGCCUUGCUUCCAUUUGUUUCACGAGACCUGCGCCAGGCGAUGGUUCGAAGACUUUUUAACCUGCCCGGUGUGUCGAAGUGGUCUCUUACUCUGUACCUAAAUCCGUGCCAAAUGGCUGUUCUCAAGCAGGGCUUAUUAUAUUUCUUCCAUCGUUUCGUCAUUCCGCCGUCAUAUUUUCCUGACGUGACAGUCGUACGUGCUCCUUAUCAACGCAAAAGGGACAGAUGCUUACGAUUCUUAUAUACCCGUGUUUCUAAAUUGUAUACAUAAAUCUUCAAGCUGUUACGUAUGCUAACGCAUUUGCGUGCGUGUUAGUUACAACCAAGCUUAAUAAACACUAAAAUUGUUGUCUUCGUUAU